CUGAGCCCACAGUGACCGUGUAUCCUGCAAAGACCCAGCGCCUGCAGCACCACAACCUCCUGGUCUGCUCCGUGAACGGCUUCUAUCCGGGAAACAUUGAGGUCCGCUGGCUGCGCAACGGCCAGGAAGAAGAGGCCGGGGUGGUGUCCACGGGCCUGAUCCGGAACGGGGACUGGACCUUCCAGACCCUGGUGAUGCUGGAGACAGUUCCCCGGAGCGGGGAGGUCUACACCUGCCAAGUGCGGCACCCCAGCAGCACCAGCCCUGUUACCGUGGAAUGGAGGGCCCAGUCUGGAUCCGCACAGAGCAAGGUGCUGAGUGGAGCCGGGGGCUUCAUGCUGGGGCUGAUCUUCCUCGGGGCGGGGCUGCUCAUCUACUUCAGGGCUCAGAAAGGUGAGGAGCCUGCUGGCAGCUGA